UAGUUUUGAUUUGGUGAAAAUGGUCAACGUUGGAUCAACUCCAUACCUCAAGGUUUCAUUUGAAUUCUAACUUGUGAAAAAUGUGAGUGUCAAAGUGUGAAAGCAUAAGCCACAUUUUCAGUUAUUUUCCUUUAUAAAUACUAGGCAACCUUAGGCAAGAUUACAGCAGCAUUAACAAUUCUCUAUUCCAGAACAUGGAUUUCUCUUCUCCCAUCCAGAUUAUUCUAUAUUCUCUUGCUUUACUGUUUCUCUGUGCUUUAUGGAGGAAAAUAACCAAAAAAACCACCAAAACCAAGAAAUUUAAAGUCCCUGAACCAUCAGGGUCAUGGCCAUUAAUUGGUCAUCUUCAUCUUCUAACCGGCCAAAAACCAGCGUGUAAGAUCCUCGCAUCCAUUGCUGAUGAAUCAGGUCCUUUUUACUCCCUCAGGCUAGGUUUUAACCGAAUACUGGUCGUUAGCAGUUGGGAAUUUGCCAAAGAAUGUUUUACCAAAAACGACAGAGUUUUAGCAACCAGAGCAAGCAUAGCAGCAGGGAAAUACAUGGGUUAUAACAAUGCUGUUUUCUCGUUAGCCCCCUACGGACAAUACUGGAGGGAUAUCAGAAAACUCGCGACUCUUCAGCUUCUCUCGAACAAUCGCUUGUCGAACAAUCGCCUUGAAGCCCUUAAACAUGUUCGAUUUUCGGAAAUUGAUUUGUUCUUGAAAGAAUUAUAUGAUUUGUAUUCUCAAAAUCAUAAUCAAAAGGUGAUAAUAAGCAAGUUAUUGGAGCGAUUGACGUUUAAUAUAAUCUUAAGAAUGAUAGUUGGUAAAAGAUUUUGCAGUAAAAGUUACAGCGAAGAGAACAGCGAGCCAUGGCGGUAUAAAAAGGCUAUAGAAGAAGCUACUUAUCUGUUUGGGAGUGCUGUUCUGUCUGAUGCAAUUCCAUGGCUAGAAUGGAUUGAUUAUAAAGGGUACAUCAAUAGAAUGAAGAAAACUGGUAAAGAACUUGAAACUUGAUAGUUGGUUGGAAAAUGGUUAGAAGAGCAUUUAAUGAGAAGAAAUGGUUAAAUGAAAAUGAGAAUGGUGAAAAUGAACUUCAUGGAUGUUUAUGUUUAUCUCCCUCAAGAAGAUGAAAAUUUGCAAAUUUCUGGAUAUUCACGGUGAUAUGUACGCUUACAGGCAACUGCAAAUGUUCUUUCCCUCACUGGAGCUGGAAGCACAGCAGUGACAUUAACAUGGGCACUUGCCUUACUGCUAAACAACCCAGAUGCGCUAAAAUCUGCUCAAGAAGAGCUGAACAGUUAUGUAGGCAAAUCAAAAUGGGUUCAAGAAUCAGAUAUUCCAAACCUAAAAUAUCUUCAAGCCAUUAUCAAAGAAACCCUACGCUUAUACCCACCUGGACCAAUAACAGGAAUACGUGAAGCCAUGGAAGAUUGUGACAUUAAUGGCCAUUAUAUCCCUAAAGGCACUCGUCUGAUCGUUAAUAUUUGGAAAUUACAGAGAGAUCCUCGAGUUUGGAAUAAUCCUGACGAGUUUUUACCGGAAAGGUUUCUUACAACUCAUUCUGAUAUUGAUCUUAGAGGUCAGAAUUUUGAAUUUAUUCCUUUUAGUUCAGGAAGAAGGGCUUGCCCUGCUAUUAAUUUUGGGUUGCAAGUCGUUCAGUUGACACUUGCCAGGCUAAUUCAGGGUUUUGAUUUAUCAAGAAUUGGAAAUGUGCCUGUGGAUAUGAAGGAAGGACCGGGACUUUCUUUGCCAAAGGUUAAUCCUGUAGAAGUUAUCCUCAAACCUAGGCUUGAUUUGGAGUUAUAUCAGUGUCUUUAGUUAGUUAAUUUCAAAUAUAUAUAUAUAUUAAUCCAUAUUUAUAUCCGGUAGGGUCACAAAGACAGUAAAGCAUUUCCUACUAAGUUUAAAAGGUACUUCAUAUCUAGGGUUCGAACUUCAUGAAGGAGAAACUAUUGCCAUCUAUCUAUUUCACGUAUUGAUAGUUGUAAUAUCAGUGUCUUUAUAAUUAAGCAAUCUAGACAAGUCAAGUCAAUUAAUAUAUGUGUGUCUCUUUAUAUAUGUUUAUGGUUAUAAUAAAAAUAAAACGGAAAUAUUUCCUUUUUUUUCUUUAUUAA